UAAGUGGUAAAUGUACAGAGAACAUUCAGCCAUCUAUAAAAAUAUAGAAAAAUAUAGUAUCAGCUACUGGUUUUAUAAUAUUAAAAUUUAAAAAUUAUUAUCUGUGCCCUGUGCUAGUACUUCUUCUGUUUCUCGGUUUGUCAUGAAAAUAUAUUGAACUAUUGGAAUACUAAACAUGACAAAUAAGAUCUUAUUUGUCAUGAUAUUAAAGUCGAAGACAUGAACCAUUGUGCUCGGCUAUUAGUAACUACUAAUAACUAAUUACUGCUAUAGUGUUAUUUGGUUUUAAAAAAGUGUUAUGCGACUUGGUGCGUGCCCAUCAGAGAUCUAGAACCGAAAAACUCGUCGAAUUUACCUUAUACUUAGUAUCUAUCUAUACAAAUUACAAAUAUGUGCAAUCGAUCUACAACUAUAGAUGAAAUUGUUAAAGAUCGGUUAAGUAUACGACUAAUUGAAACCAAGUGGGUCGAUAAAGUAGAAAACUUAAUUUACUUUGCACUUCAAAAACGAAAUGAAGGGGGCCAAGAUUUAACUACUGUUAAAUUUGAAGAAUUGUACCAGGACAUUAGUGCAAUGGCUCGUGAUGUGUUACCAGUUAAAAUAGAAGAAGAGUUGCAUGAAAAAAUGAAUGACUUUCUAUCAUCAAAUAUUGAUGGAUGUGAUAACCCUUAUACUAUGAAUUUAUCGGAGUCUAAUUCUCCUAGUGCAGUAAAUGUUGAUACUACUACUACUACUGAUGGUUCCUCUGAUAUGUUAAAUGAUAUCCUUGAUAUUACUUUAGAUGUUACUACUAAUGAAAAAACAAAAAUCCGUUAAUAUUCAUAUCACUGAUUAAAAUUAUUGGUUGUACAUUGUACAGUAUAUGACAUAAAAUAAAAUGUUCAAUUUCUAAUUUAUAUUCUGAAUCAUAUUUCUAACAUUUUGAAAAAUUAUUUAAACUCAUUUCUGGUACAUCUAAAAGUAAUAAUAUUUGAAUAUUUGAAUUAAAAUCGAUUUUCUUUUAUUAUCCAAACAAAUUAACAUUAUCAUAAUAGACAUAAUAAGUACUUACCUGCAAUAAUUGAUCUAGGUUUCUUAAUAUUGAAUUGGUAUUCAUUUCAUUUAACCAAAUAUUUUUUUACAUUUAUAAACUAAAUAAUAAGGGAACUGUCAGUGGCAUAGCGUUGGUUUGAAAAUGUUAAGUACUUAAAUCAAUGAGUAGUGGUGGGCUCCAUCCCCUACUCUGCACCAUUUGGUUUUUAUUCAUAUCAUUUUAAACAUAAACAUGUUUUUACUUAAUUUUAAAUCAUAAUGAUUAUUGGUAGAUAAAUAACAUUACAUUUAUAUACAUAAUAAUUUAUAGACCACAAUGGUCUACAAGCGUUCUAUGUUUUCUCAUUGAUAUUAUUGAUAAGAAAUAUAAAUAGUUGUCACUGGAAGUAUGCAAUUUCUAAUCGGCAUAUUGCCUACAUAAUAAACAUAGUACCUAGGUAUUAGGUAUCAUUUUACUAUAUUACUAUGGUGUGGUGGAGACUACUAGAUAAUCCCUUAAAUAUUAAAUUAUAAAAUACUAUGUAAUAAUAAUACAUUUUUCAACGCUACACCACUGUAUUUUGUUGUAAUAUUGCUUAGUGAUUACUAAUGCAUUAUGUAUUAAUGUAUACUAUUAAAAAAUUAAAAACAUUUUGAAUUGUAUAAUUAUUUGACUAAAAAAUGUAUAGUUGUAUGAACUAUCUACCUAAGUUUACCUUGAAAUUUGGAACAGAAUUUAUGUUUUACAAAAACUAAUUUGUAAUUUGUAUCCUUAUGAAAAUUGUCUUACUGUAAUAGUGUUAAAAAUACUCAAAAUAUUAUAAACUGUGUAACAUCAAAUUUUGCUGAACUAGUAGAAUCUCUUGAACUUAUCUAUUUUUAAUGGUAAAUAUGGUAUUAAGUUCAUAAGUUAAUUAGACAAUUUUUAAUUUUGUAACUAGUUAUGUUAAAAAGUAAAAAAAAAAUUAACUUUUUAAAUUUUGGCUCUAUUUAUAUAGAUUUUAAAUAGUCAUAGACACUAUCAGUGAUAUACUCAGUGAACUGUAACAUUUUCCAGAGGCAACUUACAAAUAUCCCAAGUAUUAAUGCAUAAUAAUAAUAUAACUAA